AUGAUAUUUAUGGAUAUAUUCCAAGAUAAUGUUAAAUAUUCAUCUUUUACAAAGAAAAAAAAGAUGAUAAAAGCAACUGCAAACACAUUAUUAUGUGUAAAUAGGAUUUUUUAUAAUGAUAUUCGAGAAUAUAAUUAUUAUUUUAAUUUGAGAUUUACUAUAAAAGGAAAUGUUAAAAAGGAAGUAAGACAAGAGAUUGUUGAAGCUGUUAGAUUAACAUUGGAAGAAGAAUAUACGAUGAAAAAUUUUAAUACAUUUAAGAAAUAUAAACGUGAUAAUGAUUUGAUUACUGAAUAUUCAAGAUAUCGUGCAAUGUAUUAUUAUACAUUAUAUUUAGAAAGAGGGUUUGAAGAUAAGAAAAACAAUAGAAGUAUUUUAAAGUGGUACAAAUUAUGUGCUUUGUAUAACAGAAUACCAGAAGUUUUUUGUAAAUAUGCUGAACGACUUAUUUUGGAGUAUCCUGAAAACAAAGAAGAAAUAUUAAAAUAUUUAGAAAAGGCAGUAUUUUUCGGUGAUAAAAAAGCUGCAGAGAUAUUAUAUGAAUAUUAUAAUGAAGAAUAUUAUAAUUUAGUUAAAGACGAUUUUUUAUUAGAUUUUUAUUCGAGAAUAAUGCAAGAUGAUAAUUUUAGAUUAGAUAAUUAUUUUGGACAUUAUUUUAUUAAAAAAUAA